AUGUUUCUACAAGACUUUUGCUGGCUCUUAAUAGGCAUUCCUAUUUUGGCUGGUUCUGGGUCUGCAUGUGAAUACUCACCAGGCAUAUGUGAGGCCUGGGCAGAUGGGGAUAUACGGAUAGGGGUGCUCAGUUCCUGCCAUUCCAAAGUACAGACACUAUCUAUCAGAGAACGUCCAGAAAAAUACAACUGCACAGAAUUAAAUUUCCUUUCACUUGUAAGGACUCUAGCUGUUGUGCAUACUAUUGAAACGAUCAAUAACUCCAGCUUCCUCCCGGGUGUGCGACUGGGCUACUACAUCUGCGACACUUGCUCUGAUGCGUCAAAGGCCGUUCAGAACAUCGAGCAGCUUCUCGCGGUGAAUGGCACACUGCCUGUCCAGUGUGAGGUUCUUGAAAGGCCUAAUGUAAAAGCAAUCAUUGGAGCACGUUUUUCAGAAGACUCUCUGGUGGUGGCCCGGCUUCUGAGUCUAUACAUGGUCCCACAGAUAAGCACAACAUCAUCUGCACAAACACUUAGUGACAGGAUACGAUACCCAGCAUUCCUGCGCACCAUUCCCAGUGAUGUUCACCAAACCAAAGCUGUGGCUAAUUUCAUGAAACACUUUCAAUGGGACUGGGUUGGGGUGGUCUAUGGGGAUGAUGACUAUGGGAAAAAUGCCUUACAAAGCUUCUUAGCUGAUUCAGAAGGUGCAGAUAUCUGUCAUGCAUUUAAAGAAGUACUGCCUCAUAACCUAGCUCACAAUGAAAUUGACAAAAGGAUCCAAGAGGUGGCAGAAACAAUCCGCUUAUCCGAAGCAAAAGUUGUAUUACUUAUCUUAAAGGAAGAGCUGGUCUCUAAACUGUUCAAGGAGAUGAUUCGGCAGAACAUCUCGCGUACUUGGAUUGCAAGUGAUGCUUGGUCAAUGUCACGAAAUAUAUCUCAAAUGGAGGGGAUCAACCAAGUAGGUGACAUAUUUGGAUUCACUUUCAUCACUGGUCCCAAUCUUGGUUUUAAGGAGUUUUUGCAGCAGCUGACUCUUGCUCCAGGCUCUGUAAACCUCUUUCUUGAAGAGUAUCAGCAGUUAGGGAAAGACACAGGUUUUCUAACAGAAGCUGUCGACAUCAGCAUAACCUAUGGCGAAAAGUUAGCUGUAUGGUCCAUUGCUCAUGCUUUGAAAGUUCUUCUAAACUGCAAUGAAACUGAUUGCCCUGGAGAACGGGACUUUCCUCCAUGGAAGCUGCUAAAGGAACUGAAAAAUAUAAAUUUUACUAUGGACAAUCAAACAUUCUAUUUUAAUGCAUCUGGAAAUUUCAUGAACGGAUAUGAUUUAAUGAACUGGCAACCACAAGAAGCAAGUGGCCAGAGACACUUUGUUGUUGUUGGAAAUUACAAACUGUCAACAAAAGAAGUUUAUAUUAAGGCACCCAUAACAUGGAGUAAUCCAAACAAUACGGUGAGACUAACUAAUUUUAAGUAA